GUGACAGUCAACUUCCGCUACAUGUGACGCACGAAGCUAACUCCUUGAUAGCGGCUUGGCGACGAUGGACGAUGGCUUUUGCAUUGCAACGCUUAAGCAAAGGAAGUGACCACGAUCACGUGAUUCUGAAAGGAAAAGCCAAGUGGAUGAGCCGAGAGAAGAUAUUUCCACUGAGGAAGUGUUCCAGACCAGUGUUCCAGUUUGCUGCAAUAACCCUCCCUUUUUUUUUUCUUUUUUUUUUUAUGUAUUUAUUUUUUCCAGCUUUGCGUUGACGACAUAGCAUUGUAUCCGUCCUCCGAAACGGCCUCCUAUUCGCUGGACUCGCCGGGAAGUCGUUCCUGAUCGGCCCUCGGGCAGCCAUGUCCCGUCCCCAAUACAACCCUUACGCGCCUGAACCAAGGGAUGCCGAGAGAGACACCCGUACGACGUCUACUCUCGUAGGACUGGGACCCGGCCUCGGCACUACUGCCGGUGGCUCGCGGGGUUCCGGCAGCAUGGCGAUCCCCUCGUUGGUGCCUAAUUAUCGGCCCAAGCAAAGGGCCAAGACCAAUGACGACAUCCAGACUUUGGCUCAAGUCGGUCCCGGGCGAGAGUUGCUCUCCCCAGGUGCGGCGGCGAACUCUUACCAAAACAGCAGCAGACGCUCGGACGGUGGCGGUAGCUCCUUCAAUUGCUUGUCUAGCUACGACCAAGCCACCGCUGACGACACUUCUGCUUUUUAUCAUCCCUUGACAUUGCCGGGGCGUUCGUCGUUUAGUGCCUCCGGUGAGGAAGAUCGCGACCUCCGCUCAAUUUCAGGUCAUCAUUACGACAAACGCAACGUGGCGCAAUCUUCUGAGCCCGCUCAACCCAAAUUUACCUCUGAGACGGCAGCGAACAUCCUGGGGCACUUUGGACUUGAAAAGGAUGACUUGGAACAUCUUAUCUCCUAUCCUGAAGACCAGAUCACCCCUGCUAACUUGCCUUUUAUCUUGCGCCAAAUCCGGAUUCAAAAGUCCAAGAAAGGUCAGUCCAAACCCAUCCCUGAGCCUGCUCCCGCCCGCGGGGACAAUUGGGGAAGUCCUGGACUGGGAGGGAUUAAGCGAGAGGACAAGCCGUCUACUCUCCUCCAGUCGAGUACAAUCAUCGACUACGGGCAUACGAGCAAAUACGCUGGCAGGGUGGAGGUUAAUUUUGAGAGCAGAGCUGAAAGAGCCGAGGGUGACAAUCAGAUGACUGUGGACAGUUUGGGCAGAAGAAGCGGCGGUCAAGAACUCGUGCAGCAGGCGGGAAGAAGCCCCAGCCUGGUGCCUUCUUCCCUGGAUCAGCAGGCAAGUUCCAGCUCUUUCUUCACCUCCAAUCUGACAUCUGCCACUCCCAAAAUUCCCACCAAACAAGCGCCAAGUAGUGCUCAGUCAAUGUUCCCCUCUUUCCCUCUGCUGGCGAAAGACAUAGAUGGCAAAGACGUCAAAUCUCAAGCCCCAAACCCCCCGUAUACCUUUGACCGAGUGCAGGCUGCGCCUAAGCCCACCGUGAAACAACAUCGUGGCGUCCAUUGCAGCAGACCUGGCCUCGUGGUCCUCGGAUCGUAUGACUACACCGGCGGCACUGAUGACCAAUUUAACAGUCAAUCGUCUGCUAUGACAGAGAUGUCCCUAAAACAGCGUAAGCCAACUCAGCAGCAGAAUAUCAAGACAGGGCAGCAGCAAAAGCAGGAGUCCACGCGGAAGCCACCGCAAGUAAAGAAGCAGCAGCAGCAGCAGCAGCAGGCACCGAAGACCCCACUGAAGCCGCAGCCGGCCAACCCGACGCCGCGGCCGGCCGUGACCGAGGCCUUGCUGCCGACGCCCCCCCAGCUCACACAGAUGACGUGGCAGCAAGGUUUCACCGCGGCGCAGGAUUUUCACCCCAUCCCGCCCACUUUUCCCAGCUUCUCGAGCAGGCCUGCACUUCCGUCGUUCGCCUCGCAUCUGCGUACCGGCGCCCCGUGUCUCCCGCAACCCCAGGCGCAGAUGUCCGCGUCCACGGAUUUGCAGACGACAGCCAUGAUGCUGGACUAUGUGGCGGCCACGCCCAGAGUCUUUCCACACACGUGUUCUCUGUGUAAAAAACGGUGUGCCCUGAUGAAGGACUGGCUUGAUCACCAGAACUCCACCCUUCACCUUGAGAGCUGCAAAGUCUUUUCCAAGAAAUAUCCACAAUGGGAUGCAGAGGGGUCGAAUUUCCUCAAGGAUAAAGAAGAAAGGAAGUCUGCGCUCACCCCACAAUCUCCGAGUCAGAAGCCCCUACGAAGCGAUUGUUCAUCUUCCCGCCGCCGACGCAGCAGCAGCUCAGACCCUGUAAGAGAGAAAAGGAGGAGGACUCGAUCCCGCUCGCCGCACAGUUCCAGAUACAGACGCAGGUCUCGUUCCCACUCCUCAAGCUCGUCUGACUACGGUCGCUCACACCCGAGAAGUUACGAGAGGCGCCCCGUGCGCCGAAGCCAGGAUGACCAGCAGCAGUCGUCGUCGUCGGGGAGGAGCCGCGAAAGGACCUCGUCGCGCCGGCGGUCCUCGUCGAGAGGCCACGAUAAGGGCCCGUCACCGAAGAGAACCCGUGAGAGGCGGUUGCCUUCCAAGAGGAGCCGUGAAGGGAGCAGAGAUCCGCCGAAUACCCAGCAGACUUCGACCAGGGCAGAGAGCCUUGCAAAGAAACUUCUGGAAUCAUCAGCUGUCCAGUCUCUGUCAGAAGAGUCUGACAUGGAGGCUAUGGUUAAAACUCUGGCCCCCGCCUUGUUGGCGGAACUGGCCAAAUUGAAGACCGCUCGUUCGAGCUCUUCCAAGGGAACCGCCGCGUCGGCAUCCACUGCCGCCUCUGCAGCCAACAAAAAGCCGGUGGGAGCCAAAAGCACCGGCGGCCGACAGAAAACGUCCUCCGAGAAGACCGAGGCGGCCAAAGCUUCCGUCCCGACCAUUGUCACACUCGGAGGAGUUCCCAGUUCUCUCUCCUACGGCGACAUUGUAGCUGUGGCUGAGCAGUAUGGAAAAACCAAAUCGGUUGUCCUAUUUCGCGCCAGACGCGAGGCGAUUGUGUGUUAUGAGACCCAGAAGGAUGCAGAGAAACUGAGGAAGACCACCAACCUCACGGUGCAAGGUUGGCCAAUCUCCAUUGUGGAAGAUAAGGAGAGUCUCCCCGGGGUGCAGAAGACCCAUCCUCAGAAAAAUUGCCCGGCUGCGUCCAAAGCCUCCAAGACCCAAUUGUCGAAAAGUACCUCUGCCGUGCCUGGCGCUAAAGGCAAAGCCAAGAGUGUCCUGAGCAAACAGACCACCGAGACGGUGAAAAAAGCCGAAACGAGCAAAGUGAAACUACGAGCUGGCGCUGUCAGAAAGAAGGUCAACGCCGCAGUCGAGCAGCACAAUGCGGUAGCCGAGACGACAGAACCGGAAUUAGCGGAGAUGGUGGAAGCUCCGCAGCAAGGUGGGGCUGAAAGCGAGCUGCUGACGGAAGACGUGAGCCGCACGGAAGCGGGCCCUUGUUCAGCAGCUGAGGAGCGGAACCAGCAGGGUACAGCGCCCCAAGUGGAACCUACAGAAGUACCAGUGCCUCUCCAAGGAGACGCGCGCGACGCAGAAGGGACAGCGGAGCAGCAACAAGCCGAGACGCUAACAGAUGCGGCUUUUGCGGAGGAGGCAGUGACCCCGUGCGGCUCUGACGCGGCAGUGAAGGACGACGCGGCGGCUCCUCGCCCCCCCAACGCAAUUGUGAAGGAGGACGUUAUGGCCCCUCACGGCCACGACGCUGCAGUGAAGGAGGACGCGGGGGCCCCUCGCGACUCCGAUGCAGCAGUGGAGGAGAACACGGCGGCCCCUAGCGGCCCCGAUGCCACGGUGGUGGAGGACGCGGUGGCCCCUAGUGGUUCAGAGGACGCGGUGGCCCCUAGCGGCCCCGACGCCGCAGUGGUGGAGGACGCGGUGGCCCCUAGCGGCCCCGACGCCGCAGUGGUGGAGGACGCGGUGGCCACUAGCGGCCCCGACGCCGCAGUGGUGGAGGACGGGGUGGCCCCCAGCGGCCCCGACGCCGCGGUGGAGGAGGACGGGGUGGCCCCCAGCGGCCCCGACGCCGCGGUGGAGGAGGACGCGGUGGCCCCCAGCGGCCCCGACGCCGCGGUGGCCCCAUGCAGUUCUUAUGCAGCUGAAACUCUCACCGUUGGAGAGAGGAUGAAAGAACAUCUGCUUCAGGAGAGAAUCCCUUGCAUAAAAUACAAAAACUACUACAAAGGAAAAAACCAUUUGUUGAUCACCAACCUGCCCGAGGAUGUACACAGCUACACCGAGCAGGACGUCGUCGACUUGAUCAAGCCGUUUGGAAUGGCGUCCUUUGAUGAGAACAUCUACAUUAUUCCUCAAACCAAAAUGGCGUUUGUCCGGAUGACAGAUGCAUUUAAUGCGCGCGACACCAAGAAAGCCAGCAAAGGCAAAAGAUUAACUCUCGGAGCCUCUCGGCUGAAGUUGCACGUUGACAUCCUGCGCAUAGACCUCCCGAUGCUGCCGGCGGGCUUCUAUCAGACUGUGAUGAAGAUGAUGUGUUGUCCGGUGACGCAAUUCGCCUCCAGAACCGUAUUCAUCAAAAGCAUUUCGCUGGGUGACGCCGCCAGCCUCCGGGAAGCUUUGAGGAAGAUCAACGGUGUCCAAAACUUCAUGCCGCUCCUCAACAAGGUCUUUGUAGAAUUUGAGUCUGAUUGUGAUGCCGAUCGCUUGGGAGUUUGGUACUUCCUCCAGGACCGGUGUCCUGCCUAUCAACUGCACAGGCUGGGCACGCCUCGAUCAGUAACUGCACCGCCGCCAAGACAUCCUGAGAAAGCCAUGCCGGACGGCAGCGCGGCAGCCGUUCUGACCUUUCAGUUUGGCAUUCCACAAGGCACCACAUCCCCAUUUUAUCUCCCCAUGAGGUCAAAACCUUAUCUGUUUGUAACCCAUUCCCCGUGGUUUGUCAUCCCAGAGUUCCUGACGAUCAGAGAAGCCGCCGACAUUGACGAGUCCGCGCGUCACCAUUCGGGGGCAAGGCCGACGAUCAUGUUGACGGGUUUGCCCGAACAAAGUUAUAAACACGAGGACGUGGCCCGGCACGUGCGGCCACAUAUGGACCAGAAGGACCUUCGGGGGCUGAACUCCAACGUGAGCGUGCUGCCGCUCCAGAGGAGGGCUUUUGUGCAUUUUAGUGAAUGGGACGCUUGUUGCCAGUUCCUUCGCAGUCACUUAAAGAAGGCGGUGGCAGUGCACCACCAGGAGCUCUCGGCGCACUUUGUCCUGCAGCCCAUGCGUCCGGAACACAGCGAGGAGGGCAGAUACGCGUCGCUGAUGCGGCUGAGUUACUCGCACGUCGGAGAGGCGGAGUCGCUGGCCGAACGCCUGCUUUGCGUGGAGAUCUCCGAGACCCAAAAAAUCACCAUUCAGUUUGUUCUAUAUUUGGUCUCGCGUCACGCCACUUUUGUCAACUUCCUCCCUUUGGCCAACCGGAUAUUUAUCGAGAUGGCCGACUCCGCAGGAGUCACGCGUGUGUUGGAAAAAUCGAAAGAUUUUUCUCCACUUUCUCCGAAAGACCACGAUGCUUGGCGUCCAGUUCAACGCUUUGAGAGCGUGAAGUGCUUGAAUCUGCGCCUUCGGGACGAGAAUGUGACUCUGUCGAAUCUCGGGACGGACGGCCAGACCGAGGCCGCGCGUCCGCCGUCGGCGGGCUCGGCGUCUCCCGCCGUUCAGUCAGCUGACGCAGAAACCCCCCCGAAGGGAUUCACGUCAGCACCGCCGGAGAAAGAAAGGCCAGCUCAAAAUGACGGUCAGGAAGUGGAAUCUUUGAUCGCUGUCCACGAUGACAUUUCGGUAAUGGCGGAAGAUGGGCCAGCGUGCGCGUCAUCCCGUGGUGACGGCGAGACCCGACUGCCUCCCGUUUGCGGUAACAUUGCCGCAGCCCUACGUGAGCCCGACGAGGCUCGUCCCGUGAAAGAGGAAACCGUGCUGGAGCAAGAAGAUCUCUCAGCCGUUUCUUCCAGUGCAUUUCUUUUUGACGGGGAGCCCUUCAACAUGGACGACUUUGUCACAGUCGAUGAAGUGUGCGACUUUGAUGACAGCGUGGCCCCCGCCGAGGCCCCCUCCUUAUGCGAGCCGGCUUCUCUCCCAGCUGAACCGUGCUCAGCUUCCAAAAGGGCCAAAGCGAGCACCUCCCCCAAAGAGUCUAAGAGCUGCACGGUGUCCUCGCCAUCCUCCACCAGGGCGACCAGAAGCUCAUCAAGAAGGAACCUCUCUUCUGGGUCUCUGUCCGAGUCCCCUCAAAAGUCCACCAGAGCCCAAAGCAAAGCCAAAAAAUCAAAUAAUUCAUGUGUAACGGUGCCAUUUUCCACUGCUUUGGAAGAAGAGAAUUUUGCGACUGUACCAAGUGAGGAAUGUUUUCAGGUCUUGGAUAGCGUCGGCGAAGACCAGAAAGCUUUCUCGGAUGUUGCCGACAGCGCUUGGCUAGAUGUCACGGGAGGCGGUGCUCCGGAGCGGGACGACGGCAGUCCGCUUGGCAGUUUUGACAAAGAGCGGACACGUUCCAUGCCAAAAGGUGAAGAGCAGGAUGACAGAGGAGGAGAAAAAAAAGAGAUGGAUGACGCGGACGGAGAGCAGCUGGCAGAAUCCUGCCAAACAGUCGAGGGUCCACCCUCAGUUGAGCUUGACAAAGACGUUGUAGAGACUUCCAGUUGCUCGCUAGGCAAAGAAGACGCCAAGGCCGCAGGGCGAGAUGCUGAAGAAGAAGAAGAAGAAGGAGAAGAAGAAGGAGGCGCCGCAGCAUAUCAGGUGAUUGAUUCUGUGGAAGAGCAGCCGGCUUCCAUUGAGGAGGAGCACAAUGUCCCGGAAGCGUCCAAGAGUCGGGUCGCAUCCACGAGUAGAGCCCGGACGCCCGCAAAGAAGCAAGCGCUCGCCGCCGCCGCCGCCGCACACCCUGAGCCCGAGGAGUACCUCGUGGUCGAUGCUUUACAAGUCGACCGUUCCUCCGGCGCGCCCGCCGCAAGUCGGAGGCGCAGCACCAGAGGAAAGACUCAAGAGAAAAGGACCCAAACGCUCGUGAAGGACGAGGACGUCACUUUCCACGUUAUAGACUCCGUGGAAGAGGAACCCAAGGUCACCACCAGAGGAAAAAGAGGAAGGCCACCGAAGACUGACACGCCGAGCGAGGACAGAGUUCCGCUCGCCAAGAGGACAAGUCCUGCUGGAAGUUCACAUCAAACCGCCAAGGAGGAACCACCAAUGAAGACUAAGGCCGUCGUCGAACAGGAGCCCACGUGUCAGGUCCAGAAUCAGGAGAAGGUUCCUGCGGCCCCAAAAGGAAAGGGAAGAAAGGGAAGAACUAGGAAAGAGGUGAAAAGGAGAAAAAUGGAAGAAACUGACAAAGGUGGCGAUGAAGAAGACGUCACCAUGUUCAAGAUCCUGGACUCAGUGGAGGACGAGACGGGCCAGGAUCUACCGUCUGCUGAGCACACGCAGAACGGUUCAGAAAAGAAAGACCUGACCGACGACGUAAGUCUUGAGGAUGAGGACGAAGUGACGUAUCAAGUGGUUGAUUCUUUGGAAGAAGAGGCCGGCGUCACAGAAGUUUCUGGUCCGGUGAAGCCGGAAGAAGGACAAACUCGGUUUGCAGCGAGAUCAGACCACAAACUGGAGAGUGGCAUGAAAGAGCCGGAGGAGACGGAGACGGAGACGGAGACGCCGCAACGCCCGCCUCUAACCCCAACGCGGGCCCGCAAAGACCAAACUUUGCCUCUCGCGACCGGCACGCUCACGCUGGAUCAAGUCAGCGACGAAGAGGAGGGCUUCUUUGACGACGUGGCCGUGAAGGAGCAGGAGCAGGAGCGGGAGGAUGACGGAGAGCUCGUCGGCGUGAUCCGCUUGCUGACGGAGGAGACGGGCGAGGAACGAGCCGAGGGGGAGCUCGCUUUGGUCACUCUGGAUGAGAUUGCGCUGGAGCACGAGGAGGCGAGCGGGCAGCGACAAACGGAGGAUCGUCUCAACCCCGAGACGCUGCUGACUUUAGAUGAAACUGGGGAUGACGACGAGGAGGAGGAGGCGGCAAAGAAAGGGAAAGCUGCGCAGACGUCCCACGCUGCGGAAUGCAAACGGAGCGAUGACGCAGCGGACAACGCGACCAUGGUGACGCUGGACCACGUAGGACACGUCGAAGAGGACAUCUUCAGAUGCGCCGUCGAGAAGCGGCACAACUUGACUUCUGAGAGAAUCUCGACCGGAACGAACCAGGACGGGACUGAGGCGGCGGCGUCACCCGGCGUCCAAUCGCAGGAGGAAAAGAAGGAAGCGACGGCCGUCCGAGGUUCGCAGCAAAAACUGGGGAAAGGCAAACGAAUAGCGGAGCUCACUUUGACAGCGGCGAAGCGAUCGCGUUCCGAGUCCCCGUGUGGUACUCCGGCUUUCGGAUUGCCAGCCUUCAAACCCAACAACCCUCUCGGGACAGAGUUCAUCGUGCCAAAAUCCGGCUACUUCUGUGACCUCUGCUCGGUUUUUUACCUGAAAGAGAGCACGGCCAAAGAAGUGCACUGCAGCAGCAAGCGGCACUACGACAACUUGAAGAAGUACUACCACGAAUGUGAAGAGGAUUCAAGAGCAUCCACUCAAGGCUUCGUCUCUGAUUGAACUCCUUUUCCCGGCGACUUUUCACCUUUUCAAUUAAUAGUUUUCCGUAGUUCAGUUGGAUUUACGAGCUCCGGCAUGUUUUUGUAGGUAGUGCAAAGGGGGACACAAAAGUUUUUUUGUUUUUUUUUUUUCUUUCUGUGUAUUCAGAUUGACGACAUGUACGCUGUUUAUUAAAGGCUGACAGUUGAA